AUGGCUACCCCGCAGAGCCCUACCCCUCAGAGCGAAGCUUUCGCCCAGGCCGCCGAGGACUCCAAGAAGCUCACCUCCAAGCCGAGCAACGAUGAUCUCCUCGAGAUCUAUGCUCUCUACAAAGUUGCUACUGGCGAGGACAUCUCGAACGCGUCCAAGCCCGGCAUGUUCGACCUGAAGGGCAAGGCCAAGUACAACGCCUGGCAGAAGGUGGUCGAUGAUGGCAUCACGGCCGAGGAGGCGAAGGAGAAGUACGUCGCCAAGCUCGAGGAGAUGAAGGUAACAUACGGCUUCGACGCGUCCAAGGAGCCCGAGGCCGUUGGCACUGCCGCUUAA